GUUAUGAACAAUAGUAAUCCAAACAAUUGUUUGCUUUCCGGAAGUUGUUGUACUUUUUUUUUUUAGCAUCACAACAAGGAUAUUAAAAUCUUCAAUGACUCUUUGAAUUACAAUUUGGAAGUAGUACAUGCAGCCUGAACUAAGACACUGUCUGGUUGCACUGAAAGCCAAGGAGCUUUAGACGUCUUUUGUCAAGCAAGACAUCUAUUGUCAAGCAAUACAAUCUGACUUGUGUGUCAUUCAUAUCAACUUCCUUACUACAGGUAUGGGCAAGAAAACAGUUCCCAUUUUAUACUUUUCUACCGUGGGUUUAAAAUUCUGCAGCUGAGGUCUUGAAGAUGCAGAUGGGUACAGUAUAUGUUGCAGCUCGCAGUGUGUAUAAAACUACCAUAUUUUUCCCUUCUUGGUUUCACUAUUUUCUAUGUUCCAUUUGUGUCAGGGACUUGGUUGGCGCCAACUAGGCUAAGCCAAAAUCUUUUUUUAAUGGCCUUUUAUUUUGUUGAAAUUAGGAGAUCUAGCUGACACAGUAACAGCUGUUACAGGCAGCCCAGUUAAGCUGAAUGACAAUGCCAUGACACCAAGGUAGCCUGAUGAACCUGUCCAUGUCAAUCAUAAGACCACCCAUACAGGGAUGAGACGCGGCAGAGGGUCAAAUUCACUGAUGAGCGGGUCUGCAAAAGCCAUCUCCUGAACUGCUGUCCCCACGACAUCCUCUCCGGAACUCGUAUGGAUCUGGGAGAAUGUGCGAAGACCCAUGACCUGGCACUCCGGGCCGACUAUGAAAUUGCCUCCAAGGAGCGAGACCUCUUCUUUGAGCUUGACGCUGUGGAUCACCUGGAGUCUUUCAUUGCCGAUUGCGACCGGAGAACAGAGUUGGCCAAGAAACGACUGGUUGAGACCCAAGACGAGAUCAGUGCGGAGGUGGCUGAAAAGGCAGAGACGGUUCACGAGCUGAACGAGGAGAUUGGGAAGCUCCUGGCCAAGGCAGAGCAGCUGGGUGCCGAGGGGAAUGUGGAUGAGGCCCAGAAGGUCCUACAGGAAGUGGAGAAAGUUCGCAGCAGGAAGAGGGAUGCUGAGGAGGAGUACAGAAACUCCAUGCCUGCCUCCAGUUUCCAGCAGCAGAAGCUUCGUGUCUGUGAGGUGUGCUCGGCCUACCUGGGUCUCCACGACAACGACCGUCGCCUGGCCGACCACUUUGGCGGGAAGCUGCACCUGGGCUUCAUCCAGAUCAGGGAGAAACUGGAAGCCCUGAAGAAAACCGUCCUGGAAAAGCAGGAGAAAAGGAACCAGGAUCGUCUGAAGAGGAGAGAAGAGAGAGAGAAGGAGGAGAAGAUGAAGAAGAGGACCAAAUCACGGAGCAGGGAACGGAGCAGAGAACAUAGAAGGUCCAGCUCUCGCGACCGUAGGAGACGCCGUUCGCGGUCCUCGUCUCGGGAGAGGCGGCGUUCCUCCCGCUCACGCUCCAGGGACCGGGAGAGGAGGAGACGCCACCGCAGCCGAUCCCGCAGCAAGGGCGGCCGCCACAGCCACGAGCCCAGCUCCCGACACAAGUCAUCCAGGGAUCGCGAUCGCUCCUCCAGAGACCGUUCACGGGAGCGAAGCAGGAAGAGGGGAUCCUCGGAGCGGCGGCAGGACAGCAGGGAUCAGAACGGGAGAACAGACUCCCGCCGGGCGGAGGUCAGGGAUAGAGACCUUUGAGGACUCUAUCUCUCUCUCUCUCUCUCUCUCUCUCUCUCUCUCUCUCUCUCUCUCUCUCUCUCUCUCGCUGUCUCCAUCCUCAACACACAACCUCCUUUUGUCGGUCUCUCUUUCAUAUCUGUCCAUUACAUCCAUUUGAACUCUCUCCUUGUAUGAAUCCUCCCUCCGUUCCCCCAAAAAUUAUCCAGAGAUGUUUUGCUUUGAUUGAUAUUCCAGCCAACCCACUGUCCCAAAUACAUAGCGCUUAUAUGACCACAGAAGUAUAUACAGGUAACUGCCAAAAUAAUGGAAACACUUCAGUAAAACAAAGUAUACUGAAAGCGGGUGCCUCCACACGUGUGGUUCUUGAGUUAAUUAAGAAAUUAACAUCCCAUCAUAAUUAGUGGAAGAAUGGGGUUGCAUUUCUCCAAUAGCGUUCCAGACACUUGUAGAAUCUAUGGUGGCCCAACGCCCUACUAAAACACGUUAUGUUGGUGUUUCCUUUAUUUUGUCACCUGUAUAUUGUACAUGCAUAUAUAUUUUAGUUUCAAGCGUUAUCCUGGGAUAAAAGUGUGGGGGGUUGUUGAACAUUUGGCGUUGGAGUACAUAAAGUCCUGACAGUGUAUGUUAGAUGUGAUGGCUGUUGAUGACAUGCAUAUGAUUACACAUUCUAUAAAACUGUCCCGAAUAUUCAUUUCCUGGGGGAAUCAGUAGCUGAAACUAGAGAAAGGAUAAAUGAGUGACCGUUGGCCAUAAACUCUAAGAAUAGAGCAUUUCCAUAUUGCCGUGUUUGAUGAUACUGUUAUUUUUAAACCGUCAGAAUUGCUAUGUGUGAUUGAGAUACUUUGCAUAAUUAUACCUCCAGCAUACUGUCCUGGGUGGUGUUCAUUAGGCACCAAAUGGAAGAUACUGGACUGGAACAGGGAGGGGUCACCUGGACUUGUCCAAUAAGAAACCUACAUUUUUGUUUUCCUGUAAAAACGUUGCUAAAUGUUUUCAGUUAUUGCCCUAAUAAACACGACCCAGCAUACUGUCUUGGA